AUGACAGACGUUCAGUCUUCACAUUCCCUAAAGACCAGGAACUCCUGGAAAACGGUUCGGUCGCUGCUGCGGAGAAUAAGAUCAAAUCCAAUCAAGCAUCAAAGGCGAUCUUCUCAAGUCAUCGAAGGCGUAGGGAAAGGAUCGAUUUCCACAUCAGAGGGUUCAGUGGCGCUCUCUGUUGCUGAAUUCCCCGUACCCCAGGUGCAAAAAGCCUUGGUCGUAGCUCGAAAGGGCGAAUAUGAAAUUCGACAUGACUUCCCGAUACCAACUGUCGGUGACGACGAAGUUAUGAUACGAAGCCAUUACGUUGGGUUGAACCCUAUUGAUUGGAAGUCGGUUGAUUUUAAUUUUUGCCUGCCCGAGUUCCCAUGGGUAACUGGCAGAGAAAUGUCUGGUGUAGUGGCCCAAGUAGGAAAGAACGUCUCUGGAUACCGGGAAGGUGAAAGAGUCUGGACCAGCACCUACUACAAGGAUGUCCGCGCCGGAUGCUUCCAGGAGUUCGUCGUCGUGCCGUCACAUACAGUUCUGCCGAUACCCAGCACAGUAUCAUUCGAGGCAGCCUCUUGCCUCGGUGUUGCCGCUCUUACUGCGGGCAUGUCGCUAUGGAAAUGGCUCGGGGUGCCACUUCCAUCUGCUACGACCGAUAUGUCCGAAGAACAGUGGCUGCUGAUCUGGGGAGGUUCUACAGUCACUGGUCAGUUUGCGACACAAUUUGCAGUACACAGCGGCCUGAAGGUAAUUACGGUGAACUCAUCCGAGACCAAAGCUCUAUCGGAGGCACUCGGAGCGUCCCACGUUGUCGUAAGAGAUGGGAAGUCUAACGAGGCGUUGGUCGAGGAGAUACGAACCAUCACCAGUGGCCGUAUCACCCGCGCGAUCGACCUGGUAGGAACGAAGACGGCCGCCUUGGCAUUGGAUGCCGUCUCGACAGACGCACCUGUGGCCUUUGCUCCGCUGGCUAUGAUGUCAGGGUCUCAGGUCGUACCAGAAAAUGUGACUGUUCAUACAGUGGAAAUGAAGCAAUUCGUUCUGGAUAAGUCAAAUGUCUGUUACACGGAGGAGUUGGGGAAACUACUUGGGAGCGGCAAAGUGGUCUUGCCUGAACUGCACCUCAUUGAAGGUGGUCUAGAGGUUGUACAAGACGGGCUUGACAUGCUCAAGAAGGGCAACAUGAAAGGGAAGAAGCUGGUUGUACGGAUGUAA